CUCUCGAAUUGGAUAGAGCAUUUGUGCUUAGGGCUGGAGCAUAUGCAAUCCCAUAUUAUUUGCCAUAAUGUUCCACCAGUUCAACAAGUCCAGCCACGCGUCAUUCUCCCGUGCGUUUUCCAAGCGGAAGAAGAAAAAGGAAUUCUCGUGCGUCAUUCUCUUCGUCGUCUCAAUUUCCAGCGGAAGAUUCCUUUCUCCCCUUUCCAUCUUCAUCGCGAGAAUUCCUCAAUUUCCAAGAUUUUUUCAAGGAUUUCCAUCUUCAUCGAAUUAAUAGGGUCUCGCGCAUCAACAUUCCAUCUUGAACAAGGAAAGACUUCAAAUUAGGUACUCCCUCCGUCCAUCAAAGAUCUUCUCAUUGCGCGUUACGAGAUUUGACCGACUUUGUUUUCAAUUCAAUUUAUUUGAUUGUAAGAAUAAAAUUUAAAAAUAAAAUUUAUAUAGUAAAAAAGUACAUAAAAAGUUCUACAAAACAAGAGGUGACAACAUUAUUUUAUUUUAUGAAAUGAGUAGUAAAAUAAACAAACAAAGUGAGUAAAGUUUGACUCUGUGA